GCAAACACUCAUACUCACCCCACGGGGUUUAAUCUCUCCUGUAGAUACAAUCGAAAUCUGGAGGAGCAUUUAAACGUGUCUCAGUGAGUCAUAGUCAGUUUUGGAGAGAGCGGUGAUGAAUGAGGGUUGGUGUUUGCAGAGCUGGACCUGGGCCCUAACCUGAAGAGACAGAGAGAGAGCAGAGGGAGGUAGACAGAGAUACAAACUGAAGGAGAGGGAGCGAGAGAGAGAUAAGUAGAGCGAGAGCAGUACGGAAGAAAGAGAAAGAGAGCGUGCUUUCUUUGUAGAGAGCCGCGUGACAGGUGAGAGAUCAUACCGUGCUGCCCGCGCUGGGGUUCAUAAAGUGAGAGGGGGCGCGAGGAGUUGGUUGUCCUGCGGGUUUUGGAGUCCUUAUUCCCGGUCGCUUGAUUUCAGUUUGCAGAUGCCGACAGAUGUGCCCGGCCCCGAAGACAGGCUCAACCUCGGGGAGACGACGGCCAAGAGGCAGCACUCCUCUGCCUAUAAAGCAUCAGCUGAGAAGAGAAGAAGCCGUACACGAUGACGCCGAUUGGACAUCAGGUGCAGCUGGACCGUCUGCUUCACCAAUCAGCUUCAGCCUAGCCUUGGAUGACACUCCGACUGUAUCUGUGGAGGGCAGACCUGAUGGGCCUUUAAGGAUCGCCCUGCUGGGGCAGAACGGCGUGGGGAAGUCCUCCCUGUCCGUGGCCCUCUCUGGAGACAUGGACAGGACUGCGUCUGUGGACUGUGAAGGGGAGGGUUACGUACGCACAGUCACUGUGGAUGACGAGGAGAGCACCAUUAUUAUCUAUGACAACUGGAGACAGGACCUGUCGGCUCUGCAGUGUGAGGUGUGUGUCCUGGUGUUUUCAGUGACUGACAGGCGUAGUUUCCACCGCACUGCUCAACUCCGACUUCUCCUGAGAGAGACCCAGCCCCAAACUCCCAUCAUCCUCGUGGGUAAUAAAAGUGACCUCGUUCGCACACGUGAGGUCCCCUCUCAAGAGGCCAUGUCCAGCGCCGCCCUCUUCAACUGUCUGUAUCUGGAGAUCUCUGCCUCUCUGGACCACCGUACCCCAGAGCUCCUGGAGUGUGCGGUAAGGCUCGCCAGGGGCCAGUCCCCGUGGCCCCCCGGGACCACUGCGGAGGACAUGAUCGGCGAAGGCCAGCGUGAGAGCAUAACCUCCCGUGCCAAACGUUUCCUGUCCAGCCUGGUGCCCCGGUACCCGCGAGAGAGAGACGUGGGAAAGUUCCUGAGACAGAAGUCCCGCUCGUGCCACGACCUGGGAGCGCUGUGAUUGGGCGGCGCCGCAUGGAGCCAAAUUGUUAGAGUAGUUACAGAGGUAGCUGAAAGUGAAAAAACAGAGGAUGUGUGAAAGUGCCCGAGGGAUGGCAGGACAAUGUUAUGAGUGAAGAUCAUGUACAUCCAGAGGAACAGAGGGAGAAAAUAAUAAUGUUAGUGAUGAUGUUUAGCCAUAGAACGAUAAACACAUUUUGUACUCAAGACUAAGCAGCAUACAGAAGAAGAUAACAUACUGUGGCAGAACACAUGUAAAUAAACUAAAGUAGUGAUACUUACUGUAAUGCCACCCUGAUAGCUUUGAGAGCUAAAUAAAUGGAUUUUUUGAGUCUUGAGAAA